CGGAGGCGCAAGGUCGUGCCCAAGGGCUCAAGAGACGCCUCUUUGUUUUAGUCGCCUCAAACAAGGCCUUGAUCGCCCUCCACCCCGCCCCACCCUUUCUUCCCCCCCCCUCUCCCACCCUCAGCGGAGGCGCAAGGUCGUCCCCAAGGGCUCAAGAGACGCCUCUCCCGAUUCGCCAAACGCAGCCCCACCCACCCUCGCCCCUUCCCUGCCGUCCCAUGCGUGCAGGAGUGCCACAGGGGCGGGGGCGCCUCUCCAUCACAGACAGCUCAGAGGAUGAUAGAGGCAUGGCGCGCGCCGCUGCUGCUUCCCAGCAGCAGAUGCGGCUUCAGCAGCAACAGCAGCAGUUUCAGCAGCAGCAGCAGCAGCAGCAGCAGCAGCAGCAGCAGCAGCAGCAGCAAAGACAGGGGAGACAACAGCAGCAGCAGCAGCAGCAGCAGCAGGAGCAAGGGCAAGGGGGUAACCAGCAGAGCAGGAGGCCACCGGCCGGGUCGGGAGCAGGGGGAGGGGCAGGUGGGGGUUCAGGUGCUGGCGAUAGGGGAGCUGGAGGUGGAGGUCCGGCGGCUGGAGGGCCGGCGGCAGGUUCGGCAGGAGGUUCGGGGCAGGAGGUAGAGCUGCUGCAUCAAGUCACGUGGUCUCCAGAACCUGGGCAGGGUCGGCGGUCUCCCAUGGCUAGCUCUCUGACUCGGGCGGGGUCUAUGGGGGCUGCUAUCAAAGGGAAGCCUACAGUUCUGGAAGAAACGGAUGCAGAGGAGUGGGAAACGUCUGACGACGAAACAGGCACCAGACCCCCUUCGUCCGCUUCUGCUGCUGCCGCUGCUGCAUCAGCAUCAGCACCAGGUGCAGCAGCAGCAUCUGGAAUCCCAGCCUCCCAAUCCCCCGGUGGUGUGCCUAUUGCUGCUGGGGCCGGGGGGCAGGGAGCAGGCGCAGGGGCAGGGGGGGGAGGGGGAGGGGGAAUAGGGGAGGGUGGGGGUGGUGGUAGAGGGGGCGGCAGAGGAGGGGCAGAGGGUUACCACCAACAGCAGCAACAGCAGCAGCAGAAGCAUGGGAUGGUGCCUCGGAGGUCCGGAGGAGUGCCGAACCAGAACCAGGAGGUUCGGCGAGGAGGAGGAGCGGCAGGGGGUGGUGGGGAGGGUGGGGCAGGGGGGAAGCAGGCAGCAGCAGAAGACCAGGGAGUUCCGAUAGGGGGGAGGGGAAGUGGGGGGAGGAGGAGCGGGAGCGGUGGGAGCAGGCGUGAGUGGUGUGGGGGUUGCUGUGAAAGGGGGAGCAGAGGGGAGGGAGGGCAGGGAGGGGAGGGAGAGGAGGGAAGAGCGAGGAGAAGGAGUGGGGGGAAGGCAGGAGGGGGAGGGGAAGGAGAGGCGGAGGUCUUUGGAGGGGCGGGGGAGUGGCACGGGGGGGGGAGAGGGCGGGGGAGAGAUCUGCAGAGAGGGGGGAUCCGAGGGAUGGGCGGGGGGGAGAGGGGGCAGGGAGAGGAGGGCCAAAGAGAACGAGCAGCACAGAUGCCCAGGGGGGAGUGGGUAACAGUCAGGGAAGCAGUCAGGGCAUGCAGGGUUACUCAAGGGGAGGAGCGGGUGAUGCGAGUCAAGAUGCACAGCAGAGAGGUGCCCGGGCAACACAGUCCGCUGCAGGCUUUUGAGACGUCUCAAAAGUUGCCCAACCCCCUCUCCCUCCCUCCCUUCCCCGGCCUUGUUUCAGGUGCCCGGGCAACACAGUCCGCUGCAGGCAUAGCCAGACAGGGCUCUUGGGCCAAACCAGCAGAGGAAGCAAAGCAGCAGCAGCAGCAGGGAAGGGGCGCUGCAGCAGCAGCAGCAGCUGCUGGUGCUGCUGGUGGUGCUGCGGGCGCUGGUUCUGCUGCUGGGGCCGGUGUGGCUGGGGCAGGCGUUUCUGGUGCAGGUGGUGGUGGUGGUGGUGCAGGUGGUGCUGCUGGUGGUGCUCGCAAGGCGUCUGGGCUGGCUGAUGGGCGGCUUGCAGGGGGGGCGCAAGGGGGAGGCGCAGUGCAAGGGACGGUGCAGGCGGGUGGAUCUGGUGGUUUACUGGCGGCUGCAGCAGUGGAGAGACAGAAGCGGGAAGGAGAGGAGGCGGCGGGUAAAGGAGGGCCAGCUAAGGAGCGUGAGCCUCUUGGUCCGGAGCCCAAGGAUAAAGACGCUGAUGCUGAGGACGAUGAGGUGACUCGCUUAAGGGAGGCAGCAGCAGCAGCACAGAGGCGAAUAGCACGGUACGAGGCGGAGUGUGACGGGCGGCUGGCAAAGCUCAAGGCGGAGAGGGAGGCGCUGGUGAGGCGCAGAGAGGCGGAGAUCACCCGGCUAGCCGAGCAGCUGGGCACGCCUUUUGAUGCGGGGGCACUCACACAGGCUCGUAGUGUAGCAGUGGACGAGGGGAGGGCGCUCAUCACACGGGAACGUGAUGCAGCGGUGGCAGCAGCCAAGGAGGAGGUGGAGCGGGAGAGGCAGCGAGCCAUGGCCGUGCUCCGAGAGGAAGCUUCCCUGAAGGUGGCUCUGGAGCGGCGGCACCUGCAGGUGGAUCCUCAGGUGGUGGCGCUGGUGAAUCUGGAGGAGGUGGCCCGGCAGCAGGAGUUUCUCAACCGCUGGCGGGCGGCUCUGGAGCAGGAGAAUGUGAGUGGGGGGAUGGAGGGUACAGGUAUGGGGAUAGGAGGAGCAGGUGAGGGGGGAGGGGGGGUGCAGAUGAGAGCAUAUGGGCUGGGAUGGGAGGUGUUGGUGAAUCUGGAGGAGGUGGCCCGGCAGCAGGAGUUUCUCAACCGCUGGCGGGCGGCACUCGAGCAGGAGAAUGUGAGUGGGGGAACGGAGGGUACAGGAGGUGGCUCGGCAGCAGGAGUUUCUCAACCGCUGGCGGGCGGCAGUGGAGCAGGAGAAUGGGAUGGAGGUGAGGGGGUGGGGGGUGGAGUGGAGCCGCAAGUCCUAGCGAGAUGGAAGGCCGCGGCAACGGAGGAAGAGCAGCGAAUGCUGGACCUCGCCCGGAGAGAAGCAGCAGCACGCGUGGAGCGAGUGGUAGAGCAGGAGGAGCGAAGAGAGCGGGAAUCCACCCUCAAGGGAAUCCGAGAGCGCGUGCGGGCGAAGCUAGGGGAAGAGGAACGGCGGAUCGUUGCCCAGGAACGGGCGGAAAUGGCUUCUCGUGUUGCCGAAGCUGUCGCGGAGGAGCGGGAGCGGCUCGUGGAGGCUCGGCGGAAGGAGGUGCUGGAUCGGGCGGAGCGGGAGGCUGGGGAGGAGGCGGAGAGGAGGAGACAGGCUCGGUUGCUGGAGGCUUGGAGGAGAGUAGAGGCUGAGGUGGAGGGGGUGCAAGAGGAGGGGUGGGAAAGUGUGGUGGGGAGGGCGAGGGGAGUUGCAGAGGAGGCUGGGAUUGCAAUGGAUGGAGAGAAGGGGAAGCUGCUAGAGAUUGUGCGGUGGUCGCUGGAGGAGGAGAGGAAAGAGUUGAUAGGAGGAAGCUGCUGCAAGCUGGAGAGGCUGAGGAAGGAGGCGGAGGAGAGAGUGAGGGAGCAGGUGAGAGGAGAGGAGGCUGCGUUGCUGGCUAGAAGGAGAGGGGAGAUGGAGCAGAGGGCGGAAGCGCUGGGUAGAGGAGGGAAGGGCGCGGUGAUUCAGCUAGAGAAGGAUUUAUUGGAAGGGGAGCUAGGGGAGAAGAUUGCGUUGAUGAGGAAAGAGGCGGAAGAGAGGGAGGUGCGGGAAAGGGAGAGGCUUAAAGCGAGUAUAGAGAGGCGGCUAGAGGAGGCUGUGGAGGGGGAAGAGAGGGCAAUGGAGGGUGUGGUGGAGGAGAGGAAGAAGGAGAUGAGAGAGAGGGCUAGGAGGGCAGUGCAGGAGGAAGAGAAGAAGCUUCUAGAGGAGAUGCGAGCGCAGGUUCGGAAGAAGGUGGAGGAUAGGUUCGGUGCCGAGGCUGAGAGCUGGGCAGGUUCGGUGAGGGAGGAGUUGAUGGAGCAGGCGAAGAGGGAGGUAGAGGAGGAGGUAGAGGAGUGGCGGAGGAAGGAGUUGGCUGGUGCUGGGGUGAAGGGGAGUGGGAGGAAGGGUAGGAAGAGAGGAGGGAAGAAGGGGAAGGCCAAGAAAGAGGAGCGGCUUGCUGAGCUGGCGCGGAAAGUGGACGCUGACGUGGCAGAGGGGUAUGAGAAGUUGAGAAGGGAGAAGGAGGAGGAGAUUGAGAGGAAGAUCUGGGAGCAGAAGGUUGCUGAGGUGGACGGGCAGAUUGGAAAGUUGCUGGAGGAGGAACGGGCAGUUCGGCUCCAAGCUGCCCGGAAAGUCAUGGAUGCUUCGUUAAGAAAGCAAAUCGCGAGUGAGAGGGAGGAGAGUCUGGGGCAGAUGAGGAAGGAGUGGGAUGAGAUGGAACCAGAGCAGCAGGAGGCGUGGGUGGUGCAGCAGAGGGAGGAGAAGGGGCGGCGGAUGGAAGAAGAGAUGAAGAGGCGGGUAGAAGAGGAAGUGAGGGAUUAUAGAGAGAGAAUGCUGGCGACAGUGGCGGCAGAGGAGACGGAGGUACGGUCGAGAGAGAGCAACAAGAGAGACCUGGUGAGGAUCGAGCGGGAGUAUAAGCGGCAGAGGCAGGAAAUGGAACUGAGGGCGUCGCAUGCUCUAGAGGCGUUUAGAACGGAUCUGAGCGUGAGGCUGGAGAGAGAGAAGUUGAGACUAAGACGGGAAGCGAAGCAUGCUUUAGAGAGGUAUGAGAUCGAGCUGGAUAUUAAGGUGGAGAAAAAGGUGGAGUCUAUGAGGGUGGAUCUGCAGAUUAGGUUAGAGGCGAUGCGGAGGGAGAUGGAGGUGACUCUGAGGAAGAAGGUAGAGGAGGAGAGAGUGAGACGGCUGGAGAUUCUGAGUCGCGAGUUGAAGGCGGAAGAGAGGGAGAUGAGGCGAGGUUGGAGGGAGCUUAUGGCGCAGGAGGAAGCCAAGGUUCGGGCGGGGUGCGGGGGAUGGGAGGGGGGAUGGGGGGUGGCGGAGGAGGGAUGUUUGGCGGGAUGGGGAGUGGGAUGGGGGGGAUGGGGGGGGAUGAGGUUGAUGGAUGGGAGUGGGGGAAGUGGAGGCGGAUUCAGGCUUCUAGAGGUGGCUAAUGAGAAGGUGGGUGGGGGCGGGGAGGGUAUGGGAGGGAGAGGAGGAGCGGGAGGAGCGAGAGGGAGAGUGGGAGGCGGUGGAGGGAUGGGAGGGAUGGGAGGGGGCGUAGGGGGAAUGGGUGGGGGUAAUAUGGGUGGGUCGUGGUUGGACGAGCUAAGGAGUGGCGGAGAAUCAGAUGGACGGGGGCGGCUGGCAGCGGGUGGAGAGGUGGGUGUGAGUGCAGCGAGUGGGCUUGGGAGUGCUGAGCCGGAUCGAUCGGACGAGGCUGAUAGCAAGAAGGAUGUGGACUCACUCCCCCCAGAGGCCACAGGGGGAGGUGGUGCAGCAUGGGGCGCAGGGGGGGAGCGGGGAGAGCGGGGGGAGAGGGGGGAGCGGGGGGAGGUUGGGGCGGAUGGGGCUGGCGGGGUGGAUGUCGGGGGGAGAGACGGAGGAGGAGGGGGGAAGGCGGGGGGAGAAGCAGCAGUGGCCGGCGCAGCAGGGGCAGGGGGGGAAGGGCAAGGAGUAGCAGCAGUAGGCUUGGGACCACACCCACUGGGAUCUCCUGACGAUUCGGGAAGCAACUUCGGGGAAAGUUCCUCGGAGCUCCCGAGGUUGACGUUGGGGGUGGCGGGCGGGGAGGGGGAGGGCGCGGGGCUGGCGGGGGAUUGGAUGGGGCGGGGGUGGGCGAAGCCGGGGCAGAGGCGGUCGAGGAAUCGCAACAGCGGGAAGGCAGCACGACAGCCGAACGACGUCGCGGAUUAUUACUCCGAGUGGAGCGAGUCGGGGUCUGACCUGGUGAGCUCUUCAGUUCCUCUCAACCGUUCUCCACUCCACUCACAUCCUCUCAACGCCUUCGCAACUCCCUCUGAACUCCUCUCUACCCCUCUCGACGCCUCUAAGUUCUGCCCAGGGGGCGGCAGGAAGGGGAUGGACAACGGAGACGAGCUCUUUGAUGAGGAAGGCGUGCCCUUCAGGGAGCGCGCGUCCAUGGUGGAGCAAGCAAAGAUAUUCGCAGCGGAGCAAGCAAAGAUAUUCGCAGCGGAGCAGCAGAAAUACCUCAAGGAGCGCCAGGCUGUCUCAGAAGCUGUUCCAUACUGCCCUGCUUGUAUCCCCCUUGCACGGCACGACUGGCUGAUUAUCCCCCUACUGCCUGCCCUGCCCUGUUCUCGCCCUGUGGUGUGCUGUGCCCAUCAUGAACGAGCAUCCAUGGUGGAGCAAGCAAAGCUGUUAGCAGCGGAGCAACAAAAGUAUCUCAAUGAACGAGCAUCCAUGGUGGAGCAAGCAAAGCUGUUUGCAGCGGAGCAGCAGAAAUACCUCAAGGAGCGCCAGGCUGUCAUCGAAGCCGCCCGGCAGGACUGGCAGCGCCAGAUGGCUGCCGCCCAGGAGGUCUCAGAUGAGGACGACAGACGCCGCCGCAUCCAGCACCUGACGGAUCUUAAAGCCACGUUGGACCAGCACGUUAGAGAGUUGAAUGAUGACGCCAGGCAUGUUAGUCAACUCAAGAAGAAUCUGCUAAGCUUUUCGAGGAAUGGGGCGAAUAGUGGGGCAGGGAGUGGGCCCGUGGUGGUGCCAGCAGUAGUAUGGGGGGAAGGGGAUUCGGUUGGGGGGAUGGGAGCAGGAAUGGGUGGGGGGGGGAUGGGUCGAGGAGGUGGGAUGGGGGGAGGAGGGAUGGGGGGAGGAGGGAUGGGGGGGAUGGGAAUGGGGGGAGGUGGGAUGGGGGGAGGGCUGGGGGGAGGGCUGGGGGGAGGGCUGGGGGGAGGGAUGGGGGGAGGGCUUGGAGGCAGGGACUCGUGGUUUGAUGAGGUGCGCAGGAAUAGGGAAGCGGCUCGAGCAGCAGGCAGUGGCAGCGGCGGCGGCGGUGGUGGUGGGGGGGGUGGGGGAGGGGUUGCUGGUGGUGGUGGUGGUGGGGGUGGUGGUGGUGAGCAGGUGUUGGGAGUGGCAGCGGCAGGGAGGGAGCAGGUGGGUGAAACACCGACUCAGGUGAGCAGGUGUUGGGAGUGGCAGCGGCAGGGAGCAGGUGGGUGA